AGAGACGGAGAGUGAGCGAAUGGACGUCACGAUGUAUCCUACGAGAAUUUUCUCUCACGUGGGCCGAGUGCGGCCCGUGUAUCAAGCGUACGCGUCGAUGUGAGCGCGACGAGGGUAGAGGGGCGCGGCGACGGCAGCGGCGGCGGCGCUCGUGCAGGACGAGAGCGAGAGCAAGAAGGACGGAGGAGAGCGAGUGCCCGCGGACGAGUGAGAGAGAGAAAGAAGAGCGUGCGAGCGAGCUGGCGAGAGCGGCUCAGCAGAACUGCAGUGUAGAACGGGCCUUUAUCCGUGCCCCGUCGUGUCCGUAUCAUGCGCCGUUGAGCGAAUUGUCAAGUGAAAUCAGCAAUGGCUGCCAACGAGCAACAGCGUAAGGAAUCCCGUGAAACCAGAGAACCAGCCCAUCAUGCUAGACGUCCUAUGAAUGCAUUUUUGAUUUUUUGUAAGAGACAUCGUGGUUCAGUGCGAUCUGGUUUUCCGCACUUGGAGAAUAGGGCAGUCACCAGGGUCUUGGGCGAAUGGUGGGCAACUCUUCAUCCUGAUCAGAAGCGUUCCUAUACAAAUCUUGCACAGGAAUACAAAGAUGCAUUUUUAAAUGCAAAUCCUGAUUUCAAGUGGUACAAAUUACCAGCACCUCCGUUACGUACUUUAAAUACUAGGCCUACCAACAAGAAACAAGAGUCAAGUAGUGGUGUACAAUCCACAGAUAGUGUCAAAUCUGAAUAUGAGUCUUCCGAAUGUACAAAAUCAGAUAGACGGGACGGACAAUCAAUUCAGCCAGGCAAAUUACAGAUGAUAGCAGAUGAGUCGCAGAUCGGUGGGCUCAGUUCUCUUUUUACUCCUCAAAAGUCAGAAACGUCUGAGGAGACUGUAAAUGGUAUUGAAAGUGAUUCUGUUCCACCGAAACCACCCAAAAAAAGGUAUACAGAAUCGCCUUUCCAAGGUGAUCAGAAAAGAGACUGUAAGACAGAUCUCUUUGGUGAGAAGAAAAGGAAAAGAGCUGAAUCAAAUAACAACGAACAGCACGAAACGGUCAUAGAAGAUGAAAAACAUACAAUAAAUUCUUUCGUGACAAUGCAUACACAACAGGAGGAAAAUAAUUUUCGUAGCGAGAGAACAUGUAAAGGUUUACGUUACCAGAAAUUCCUUGCCGAGCAAAAUAUUGGUCCCUCGGGCCAACAAAGCAAACGAAGACGAACAGUUGGAAACAAUGGACAUGAUGAACGUCCAAAUGAAAGAAGAAAUUCUAUUUCUUCGAAUGUUAGUGAAAAAACAGAUUCCUUAAGCAGUGAGGGUGGAAACAGUUCUCGUGGAGAUUUAGAACAUCUUGUAGAGAGUGCUGAAGAAAAAAUGGAAGCUUCCAAACCUGAAGAUACAGAAACUGAAGGAGCUGAAGAUCAAGUGGAUUAUGGACCUUGGACGGCACAUAAAAGAUUUCGAGCUGAAGACUUUAAUUUAGAAAAAAAGAUUGAGGCAUUGCCAUCUCUGAGUUUAGAGGAAUUUCAAGAAAAAAAGAAACAGCAACGUACGAAAAAAAAGAAAAUUUUGCAAAAGUUCAAUUCUUCAGCUAACAAAAAACAUCAAAAUAAUUCGUCUUCUGCUGGUCAGACAAAUGGUCAAACUCAAAAAGUUAAUACAAUAAAUGAGAGUUGCGAAGAAUCAGAGAAAGCUCAUCUUGUUGGAAGUCAGAAACGGAAAGCGCGAAAGCAAAGCAUCACGCGGAAUGCUGCGGCAAUAAAUUCAACCAAACACUCGGAGAAUCAAGAACAAAAUAAAUCUUGGUGCGCAUCUCCAGAUCUUGAAGCUCUAGCGUGUCUUGCAACGGUUGCCGCCAAUAGAACAAAACUUACCAAAAAUAACGCUUAAUUGUAUAAGGUCGCCCUAUAAAAACCAAAACAUUAAAUUUUCUCCAUGCAAUCCUAUCAUCGGGGACUAUUAAAACAUACUUUUUCAAGUGCUGUUAUAAAUGAUACUGUUACGGUCAUAACAUAAUUAUUGUUAAUAUCUUUAUUGUUAAUCUUUACUAUUACAAAUAUUAAUAUUAUGACUGCUAUUGACUAUAGAUUAUUCCAUUAUUCAGUACAUGAGGGUGUGUGUUCUUUUUAUUUGGAAUAAUAGUUUUAUUGAAAAGAAGGUAAAGGAUAUUUUUUUUACACUUUAUUUUGUGAAAAGUCAUUUUCUAAUUACGGUUUGGAGAAGUUAUAUUACUUUAUUUAUGUUUUCUCUAGUUGUAUAUAAAACAGUUAAGUUAUCUAGCAAUUAUUUUAAUGCAAAUAGUAAUUAUUUUAUCAUUUAUUAUUAAGUCAAUAAUUAAGAUAAUACCUUCAA